AUGAACCAGGAAAUUGCUGUGGAAGGGUCAUGUUGCUCUCUCCACUUGAAUUCAAGGCGUCGCUAUGUAUUGUGUGUGCUGGAGAGUGAGGCCUGCUCUUAUCCUUGUCGGAAUCUCGAGAAACUGGAGGAUUCGCUCAAGGAGGCUUUGGAUGAGCUCAACUCGGCCCAUCCAAACGCCAUGGUCGCUUUGGUCCCGUUUCCCUUCUUCAUCAAUGCAGAUGACGGCCCUGUAGAACCCGUUCGACCGAUCAAUUUAAACCAAGUUGGAAUUACCGACCACGAAGAUGAGUUGGAAGAGGAAGAAAUCGAUCUCAAUGACAUUGUCCACGACGAUCUGAUCGCGAUUUACUUGAUUCGUGUUCUAAAUUCGCCGCUCAUUGACGACCCCCUUUGGAUCAGCAAUGAAAGCAAUAAGAAUACGGAAGCACCAGCUUUCAUGAAGUUCGAUAUAAGUUACGAUGAAAUUACACAGUUGUGUGAGAAAGCUUCAGCUUCCUUCCUUGCUCAACCAGCACUUGUGAAAAUUGAAAAGUUUCGUUUCUCCAUGUUACGCCAACUAAGCUUUUAUAUUACGGUAGGUCUUGCUGUCACAGGUCCCCAGUAG